AUGGCGUCUAGAGUCUCCGAUCUUCCUCAUCAGAAAGGAAUCGCAGGCGAAGUAAAACCGAAGAUUGUUGCGGGACAUGGAAGACAAAACAGAAAGGCUCUUGGAGAUAUUGGCAAUCUCGUCAAUGAUCGUGAUCUUGCAACCGGAAAGGACAUUGCGAAGAAGGCGAAACAGUCAAAGUCCGAGGUUAUUGUCAUUAGCCCUAAUGAAAAUGAGAAAUCUUGCAAACCGAAUGUGAGCAAAAGAGGAUCAAAGACUUUCACAGCGACUCUAAAAGCUCGGAGCAAGGCUGCAAGUGGAGUCAAAGAUGAUGUGAUUGACAUUGAUGCUCUGGAUGUUAACAACGAGCUUGCUGCUGUGGAAUACGUUGAAGACAUCUUCAAGUUUUACAAGAUUGUUGAAGAAGAAGGAAGAAUGAGAGACUACAUGGAGUCACAACCUGAAAUCAAUGCGAAGAUGAGAUCGAUUUUGAUCGACUGGCUUAUUGACGUGCACAGGAAGUUUGAGCUAAUGCCUGAGACGCUUUACCUCACCAUUAACCUAAUUGACCGGUUUCUCUCUUUAACAAUGGUUCCUAGAAGAGAGCUUCAGCUUUUGGGGAUUAGUGCUAUGCUUAUAGCUUGCAAGUACGAAGAGAUUUGGGCUCCAGAGGUUAACGAUUUCGUCUGCAUCUCGGACAAGGCUUAUAGCAGAGAAGAGGUUUUAGCUAUGGAGAAAUCAAUCUUGCGACAAGUCGAAUGGUGCAUCACUGUUCCUACGCCUUAUGUGUU